AUGAGGAUUGGAAACAGUGUUGCUGGGGAGAAGAAGCUCAAGAAUCAUUACUACAGAUACCCUGACACGCAAGUAACUGACAGGUACAGCGACAAUAGAAGACAGGACAUUGGCAAGGCAUUACACACCAAGCCCAGUUUUAGCGCUCUCGACGGCUCUCUAACACCAUGCUACACACUCCGCCAUCUUCAGGAACUCGAUCAAACAUCCAAUAUAUUGCUCCGGUCACCUUUGAAACAUGUUGGUCCAUGUAGAGGGCCAAUGGGUAUUGGCCCUCACCCCUGGGGUACUGAUGCUGGGGGCGCCCACCAGUCACUGGGUACUGAUGCUGGGGGCUCCCACCAGUCACUGGGUACUGAUGCUGGGGGCUCCCACCAGUCACUGGGUACUGAUGCUGGGGGCUCCCACCAGUCACUGGGUACUGAUGCUGGGGGCUCCCACCAGUCACUGGGUACUGAUGCUGGGGGCUCCCACCAGUCACUGGGUACUGAUGCUGGGGGCGCCCACCAGUCACUGGGUACUGAUGCUGGGGGCGCCCACCAGUCACUGGGUACUGAUGCUGGGGGCGCCCACCAGUCACUGGGUACUGAUGCUGGGGGCGCCCACCAGUCACUGGGUACUGAUGCUGGGGGCGCCCACCAGUCACUGGGUACUGAUGCUGGGGGCGCCCACCAGUCACUGGGUACUGAUGCUGGGGGCGCCCACCAGUCACUGGGUACUGAUGCUGGGGGCGCCCACCAGUCACUGGGUACUGAUGCUGGGGGCGCCCACCAGGAUGCCUCACAGCUGUGGACCAUUGAGUAUUGA